CUGUCUCGCUCUCGCUCUCGUCUCCAAUGCAACUUUUGCAGAAACCCCCAACACACACAGACAUGUUGAGCUGAGAGCUAGGGGGAUCGGCCGAGUCCCCCUUCCCCGACCCUAAGGUCCCAAAUCUGGGGGGGGCUCUAACCACCCCUCUCCUCACCCUUGACCUGUCCACUGUGCAUCGACCCUCCCCACACCACUUCCACUCCCUGCUCCUUUUUUUGUGGUGUUUUUGUUAGAUGGACAGGAUCAAGGUUGGAUUUUUCUGUCUCUCCCCGAUGAAGUGAGGCGGUGAUGCAGGAGGCUGGCAGCUUCGACUAUACGGAGCGACACAGGCUCAAGAUGGCAGAUUUGUAUUGAGUUUGGGGGGCUGAGAUCUCGCUUCAUUUUUUAAAUGUUUUAAGAUUUUUUUUUUGCCAUGAAUAACACAUUCUUGCACCGAUGGCCCCUAUGUACGAAGGUAUGGCCUCGCAUGUGCAAGUUUUCUCCCCUCACACCCUUCAGUCAAGUGCCUUCUGUAGUGUGAAGAAACUGAAAGUGGAACCGAGUUCUAACUGGGAUAUGACUGGGUACGGCACACAUAGCAAAGUCUACAGCCAGACCAAGAACGUGCAGUCCUCUCAAGCUGCAGCAGCAGCAGUCAACGCCUCCCUCCAGAUUCCCAACCCAAGUAUCCCUUACGAACAGACCAUCAUCUUUCCAGCAAGCACGGGGCACAUCGUGGUGACAUCUGCCAGCAGCACUUCCGGUGUCGUUGCAGUGUCUGGGCAAGCAUUGGGCGGACCUCACAACCUGAUGCGUCGAAGCACUGUGAGUCUUUUGGACACCUACCAAAAAUGUGGACUUAAGCGCAAGAGCGAGGAAAUUGAGAACACAAGCAGUGUGCAGAUAAUUGAAGAGCAUCCACCAAUGAUUCAGAACAAUGCCAGUGGGGCCACGGUAGCCACUGCCACCACAUCCACUGCCACAUCCAAAAACAGUGGCUCCAACAGUGAAGGGGAUUACCAGCUGGUACAACAUGAAGUGCUGUGUUCCAUGACCAACACGUAUGAAGUAUUAGAAUUUCUUGGCCGGGGAACCUUUGGACAAGUGGUCAAAUGCUGGAAACGUGGCACUAACGAGAUUGUAGCUAUCAAAAUCCUUAAGAACCAUCCUUCCUAUGCCCGACAAGGUCAGAUUGAAGUGAGCAUCCUGGCUCGGUUGAGUACAGAAAGUGCAGAUGACUACAACUUUGUCCGAGCCUAUGAGUGCUUCCAGCACAAAAAUCACACUUGCUUGGUCUUUGAAAUGUUGGAGCAGAACCUCUAUGAUUUUCUAAAGCAAAACAAAUUCAGCCCUUUGCCCCUUAAGUAUAUCCGGCCAAUCCUCCAGCAGGUAGCAACAGCCCUAAUGAAGCUGAAAAGCUUGGGACUGAUUCAUGCAGAUCUCAAGCCAGAGAAUAUCAUGUUGGUAGACCCAUCCCGACAACCAUACAGGGUCAAGGUCAUAGACUUUGGUUCAGCUAGCCACGUGUCUAAGGCUGUGUGUUCAACCUACCUUCAAUCCAGAUAUUACAGAGCCCCUGAAAUCAUCCUUGGUUUACCAUUCUGUGAAGCAAUCGACAUGUGGUCCCUGGGAUGUGUUAUUGCAGAGCUGUUCUUGGGCUGGCCUUUAUACCCGGGAGCGUCAGAGUACGAUCAGAUUCGCUAUAUUUCACAGACACAGGGCUUACCAGCAGAGUAUUUGUUAAGUUCAGGGACAAAGACGACAAGAUUUUUCAACAGGGAUACAGACUCACCGUAUCCAUUGUGGAGGCUAAAGACACCAGAUGAUCAUGAGGCAGAGACGGGGAUUAAGUCGAAGGAAGCAAGGAAGUACAUUUUCAACUGUUUGGAUGAUAUGGCACAGGUGAAUAUGACAACGGAUUUAGAAGGAAGCGAUAUGUUGGUGGAAAAGGCAGACCGGCGGGAGUUUAUAGAUCUGUUAAAGAAGAUGUUGACUAUAGAUGCGGAUAAGAGGAUAACUCCGAUUGAAACUCUGAACCACCCCUUUGUCACCAUGACGCACUUGCUUGAUUUCCCCCAUAGCACACAUGUCAAGUCCUGUUUCCAGAACAUGGAGAUUUGCAAGCGGCGGGUGAAUAUGUAUGACACAGUAAACCAGAGCAAGACACCAUUCAUCACUCAUGUGGCCCCGAGCACAUCAACCAACCUGACCAUGACCUUUAACAACCAGCUGAACAGUGUCCACAACCAGGCCACCAACCUGGCUCCCACCUCCACCAGUGCCACUAUUUCCUUAGCCAACCCUGAAGUCUCCAUACUAAACUACCAAUCUGCACUCUACCAGCCUUCAGCAGCAUCCAUGGCUGCAAUGGCCCAGCGGAGCAUGCCCCUGCAGACGGGAACGGCGCAGAUCUGUGCCCGGCCUGACCCCUUCCAGCAAGCCCUCAUUGUAUGCCCUCCAGGUUUCCAAGGGUUACAAGCCUCCCCUUCAAAGCAUGCUGGCUAUUCUGUACGGAUGGAGAAUGCUGUUCCCAUUGUCACUCAGGCUCCCGGGGCCCAGCCUCUGCAGAUCCAGCCAGGUCUCCUCGCACAGCAGGCCUGGCCUAGUGGGACCCAGCAGAUCCUGCUUCCUCCAGCCUGGCAGCAACUGACUGGAGUAGCCACCCACACCUCAGUCCAGCAUGCAACUGUCAUACCAGAGACCAUGGCAGGGACCCAGCCGCUGGCAGAAUGGAGAAACACACAUGCACACGGCAGCCAUUAUAAUCCCAUCAUGCAACAGCCUGCGCUUUUAGCUAGUCACGUGACUCUUCCCGCAGCUCAGCCCUUGAAUGUGGGUGUGGCUCAUGUCAUGAGGCAACAGCCAACCAGCACCACUUCCUCCAGGAAGAACAAGCAGCACCAGUCGUCUACGAGAAACGUGUCUACAUAUGAGGUUUCAUCCUCUCAGGCCAUCAGCUCCCCUCAGCGAUCGAAACGCGUGAAGGAGAAUACCCCCCCUCGCUGUGCCAUGGUGCACAACAGCCCUGCCUGCAGCACUUCUGUCACAUGUGGGUGGGGAGACAUGGCUUCCAGCACCACGCGGGAGCGGCAGCGGCAGACGAUAAUCAUUCCCGACACACCCAGCCCUGCAGUCAGUGUCAUCACUAUCAGCAGUGACACAGAUGAAGAAGAAGAACAGAAACAUGCACCCACCAGCACCCUGUCCAAGCAAAGAAAAAACGUCAUCAGCUGUGUCACAGUGCACGAUUCGCCCUACUCUGAUUCCUCCAGCAACAACAGCCCCUAUUCAGUGCAACACCGUGGGCCGCACAAUAAUGGGAACACCUAUGAUACAAAAGGGGUACCAGAGACCCACUGCAGCGGAAACCCCCGAACUAUAAUCGUGCCACCACUGAAAACCCAAGCCAGUGAGGUGUUGGUAGAAUGCGAUAGCCUGGUACCAGUUACCACCAGUCAUCACUCAUCCUCCUACAAGUCCAAGUCCUCCAACAUCGUGACCUCCACCAGUGGUCACUCUUCAGGGAGCUCGUCUGGAGCCAUUGCCUAUAGGCAGCAGCGGCCAGGACCACAUUUCCAGCAGCAGCAGCCUCUUAAUCUCAGCCAGGCCCAGCAGCACAUCACGACUGAUCGCACAGGGAGUCACCGGCGACAGCAAGCCUACAUCACUCCAACAAUAGCUCAGGCUCCGUACUCCUUCCCACACAAUAGUCCCAGCCAUGGUACGGUCCACCCCCACCUGGCUGCGGCAGCAGCGGCUCACCUCCCCACCCAGCCCCACCUCUACACAUACACCGCUCCCGCUGCUCUGGGCUCCACAGGCACCGUUGCUCACCUGGUGGCCUCCCAAGGGUCUGCUCGUCAUGCUGUGCAACACACCACUUACCCAGCCAGCAUUGUCCACCAGGUUCCUGUCAGCAUGGGCCCUCGGGUUCUGCCAUCACCCACCAUCCACCCAAGUCAGUACCAGGCUCAGUUUGCCCAUCAGACCUAUAUCAGUGCUUCACCCGCUUCCACAGUCUACACUGGAUACCCGCUGAGCCCCGCCAAGGUCAACCAGUACCCGUACAUCUAAACACUGGAAUGAGAGAGAAACCUGCAAAGAGGGAGUGAGGUGGCUGUUUUUAUAUUGAAGAACAUGACAAACAAUGCAAUGGGAGGCUCACUUGAAACUUGAACGAAGGAGAUUUUAAGAGGGAAAUGAGAAAGGAAAGAAGGAAAGAACUAAUUCUACACUUUUUAUUUAAAAAAAAAGAAAAAGGAAAAAAAAAGUGAGAAA